AUGCCUCCCAAAAAUAAUUAGAGUGGAUUCAUGUCUGUGGAAUAGAGAUCAGAAAUAGGAGAUUUCUCAAGACACACCCCAGCAAGAUCUCUGAUAUAACCUCGUAAUAGAUCAAUUUUGGCUACAGCCUCAAGGAGAACAGGAACUUAAUCUUAGCAUUCACCAACCAGAAUGACUGUUGAAACACAUGAAGCGGUUUAUUGGGGAACAAACAUUGACGAAAGAGCUAUUGAGAAAUAAUUUGAUAGAUUUUUGAAAGAAUACAGAUAUGGAGGAAUGGAAUACUAUAUGAGUCAAAUGAAUUAAUUAAAUGAAACAGACUAAUUCAUCUUAAAUAUAGAUGGCAGACAUUUGCUAGAAUUCAAUAAUCAUUUGUAUUAGCAAUUAAUUCAUUAUCCAGCUGAAAUUAUUCCAAUAUUUGAUACUGUGGUACAAAAGGUGUUUUAUGAUGACUUUUUAUCUUUGAAAGCAAGAAAUGAAUAGGAGCGGGAAGAAUUCAGAUUAUAUGCUUAAAGACUAUUGAUAGGUAUUAUAAAUCUGGAGAGGAAUGUUCAAGUGAGAGAAUUGAAUCCAAAGGAUAUAAAUAAAUUAAUCAGUGUGACAGGAAUAGUCAUCAGAUGCAGUGAAUUAUAUCCAGAUAUGAAAUAAGCUACAUUCAAAUGCACAAAAUGCGGUCACAUAGUAGGAGUGAAUAUUGAGAGAGGAAGAGUGGAGGAACCUAUCAGUUGUCAGAGAUGUAGAGACAAGAAUUCCUAUGAACUCAUCCAUAAUCUCUGUUAAUUCACAGAUAAACAAUAUGUUAAGUUGUAGGAGUAACCUGAAAAUGUACCUGAAGGUUAUACACCAUAAACUGUAAACUUGGUACCUUAUGAUUAUAAUGUGGAUGAUGUGAAACCAGGAGAUAGAAUCAUAGUUGUUGGAGUUUACAGAGCUGCUCCUAUUAGGUAGACAAAAAAUAGAAGAGUCUUAAAAUCUAUUUAUAAUACAUUUAUUGAUGUUAUUUCAUAUCAAAAAGAAACAAAAAUAGAAUAAGAAAAAACUAAAAAUAUUACUGAGGAAUAGAAAUAAAAGUUAAUGUAUCUUUCUUAAUAACCAAAUAUUUACGAUAGACUAGUUAAAUCCAUUGCACCAUCUAUUUGGGAAAUGGAUGAUGUGAAAAAGGGAGUGCUUUGUUAACUUUUUGGAGGAACAAAUAAGGAAUUUUCUUAAGCUGGUAAAGGAAGAUUUAGAGCUGAUAUUAAUGUGUUAUUAGUAGGAGAUCCCUCGACAAGUAAAUCUUAGAUAUUAUAAUGUGUUCAUUAAUUGUCAAGUAGAGGAAUCUAUACUUCAGGUAAAGGAUCUUCAGCAGUUGGUCUUACUGUUUAUGUAUCGAGAGAUCCAGAAACAAGGGAGAUCAUUUUAGAAUCUGGAGCAUUGGUACUUAGUGAUAUGGGUAUUUGUUGCAUUGAUGAGUUUGAUAAAAUGGAUGAGAAUGCUAAAACUAUAUUACAUGAAGCUAUGGAAUAAUAAACUAUAUCUGUGGCCAAAGCAGGUAUUGUUAGUUAGUUGAAUGCCAGAACUGCUGUUUUGGCUGCUGCCAAUCCACUCAAAUCUAGAUAUGAUGUCAAAUAAUCAGUUGUUCAAAAUAUCAAUAUGCCUCCAACUAUUUUAUCUAGAUUUGAUCUCAUCUAUCUAGUACUUGAUGAAUUCAAUGAAAAAAGAGAUGAAAUGUUAGCUUAUCAUAUUUUGAAUAUGUAUUCUCUCAAAGACUAAUAAGAUUAUUUAAAUCAAAUAGAAGAAGAAGGAAACACUGAUCUGAUUGACAGAGAAACUUUGUAUAGUUAUAUUUGUUAUGCAAAAUAAAACAUUUUUCCAAGAUUGACUGAAGAAGCACAAAAUGAAUUGAUUGCAGCAUAUGUCAAGAUGAGAAGUGCUGGAAACUCUUCUAAUACAAUUACAGCUACUCCAAGAUAAUUAGAAUCUUUAAUUAGAUUAUCAGAAGCCUUGGCAAAAAUGUAAUUCAACCAAAGAGUUGAAAAUUAUCAUGUUUAAGAAGCGGUUAAGUUGAUGGAAACUGCCAUGAAAAAAGCUGCUCUUGACCCUAUUACUGGUAUAUAUUAUUUUCUAUUUCUAGGUAAAAUUGAUAUGGAUUUAUUGGCCACUGGUAGAUCUAAUGCUUCAAGGGAAUUAGUAUCUAAGUUAAUAGUUGAAAUCACAAAUUUAAUUAAAGCAAAUUUAUCUGAUUAUAGAGGAUAGGGUGUUAGAUUUUUUGAUUUUGUCGAAUAGGUAUUCAUAAAAUAUAUAUACUUCUUAGAUUAAUACUAUAUUAGCUGCCUAAACAAAUGAAUCAACAAUUAUUGAUAAGAGACAAUAUUAAAAAGAAAUCUUAGAGGCUCUUCAUUUACUUGAAGAGUAAGGUUUCGUCUAGUUACCAGGUGACAGAAAUAAACCAAAAAUAAAAGCUGGUAUUAAAGCUCUUUAAUGA